AUGGAUAAUCAUUGUCAAGACUUUGCAUUUCAUUGGGACCCUUCAAAGGUCAUUGAUAGGACUACAUACGCUGGGUCAGGCCAAUCACCAGUGGUGUUUAGUAAUGAUAAGUUGACUGUGACCAGACAUGAGAGAUUGAGAGGUGAUGAUUUCCCAUCGAUCAGAGUGCUCUCUGAUAUAUCUAUCCAGGAGCGUGCCGCCAUUCAAUCAACAACCCAGAUCAAUUCAUUGCGUUGGGAGCUACGCAUUCUCAAUGAUCAUGGCUUCUGUGAGAUAGGUGUCUACUGUCCACACACCAAGACCAGUCACUUCCUCAGACCAACAAAGAAUGAGUUGCAAUCAGAUCUUCCAGAGUUCAAGUUUAAUAAGAGAGAGUUUGGACAUGUCUUUGGAAAGGACGAUGUUGUUGGCGUGAGAGUGGACUUGCGCAGGAUUGAAAGUGGAGCACAGGUGAUGGACUUGUAUUUUUACAUUGAUGGCAAGGUCGUUGGCGAGUCCUUCAAGGACAUCGACAUGUCCCACAUCUUCUAUCCAAUGGCAGCCGUCAAUGAUCAAGACGACUCGAUCGAGAUUGUCCAUCGCUGA